AAUACUCCUGACAGUCGCAGCUUUGAGCUUGGGUUUUGUGUGAGCCUUCUUCUCUAUUUAACCAUAAUCACUCACUCUCUCACUUUCAUUUCUUUCCAAAUCACAGCCAUGGCCUCCUCCAUGGCCUGCUUUUUUCUCCUUUCUUUCCUUCUAGCCCUCUCCUUCUCCGCCACUGCCAAGCAAACCUACUUGGUUCACAUGAAACACAGCGCCAAGCCUCAGUCCUUCGCCACCCACCAUGACUGGUACAGUUCUAGCCUUCAAUCCAUCACUUCCACCUCCGAAUCCCUACUUUACACCUACUCCACCGCAUUUCCUGGAUUUGCUGCCUCCCUUGACCCCGAGGAAGUCGAAUCCCUUAGGAAAUCUGAAGCUGUUCUUGAUGUCUAUGAAGACACCGUUUAUUCACUUCACACUACUCGUACCCCUGAAUUUCUUGGUCUCAACGCUGAUUUGGGUCUGUUUGAUGGGCAUACCACUUUGGAUAUUGAUCAAGCUUCUCAUGAUGUUAUCAUUGGGGUGCUUGAUACUGGGGUCUGGCCCGAGUCCAGGAGUUUCGAUGAUACGGGUAUGCCGGAAAUCCCAACUCGGUGGAAGGGUGAGUGUGAGUCUGGUGCAGAUUUCAGUGCUAAGCUUUGCAACAAGAAGUUGAUUGGAGCUCGUUAUUUUUCAAAGGGCUACCAUAUGGCAUCUGGGGGUAGUUACUUGAGGAAGCCUAAAGAGAUCGAGUCUCCUCGCGACCAAGACGGGCAUGGAACUCACACCGCCAGUACAGCCGCUGGUUCUCAAGUGGCUAAUGCUAGUUUACUAGGCUACGCCAGUGGCACUGCCCGUGGAAUGGCCACGCACGCACGUGUGGCGGGUUAUAAGGUGUGUUGGAGUACUGGUUGUUUCGGAUCUGACAUCCUCGCAGGCAUGGAUCGAGCCAUUGCAGAUGGUGUUGACGUGCUCUCGCUUUCUCUCGGUGGUGGAUCCGUUCCGUAUUAUCGCGACACCAUUGCCAUAGGAGCUUUUGCUGCAAUGGAGAGGGGAAUUUUUGUUUCUUGCUCCGCCGGUAACAGCGGACCAAAUAAGGCGACUUUGGCUAAUGUGGCUCCUUGGAUCACGACCGUCGGAGCCGGAACACUGGACAGGGAUUUUCCAGCUUACGCUGUGUUGGGUGACAAUAACCGGAUCACUGGCGUUUCGCUUUACAGUGGAACGGGAAUGGGAAAUAAACCGGUGGGAUUGAUUUACAACAAGGGACACAGUUCAAGCAAUUUGUGCUUGCCCGGUUCGCUCGAACCAGCAUUGGUUCGUGGGAAAGUGGUGGUUUGCGAUCGAGGAAUAAAUGCGCGAGUAGAGAAGGGUGCGGUUGUCCGCGACGCUGGUGGGAUUGGGAUGAUACUGGCAAACACCGAGGCGAGCGGUGAGGAAUUGGUGGCGGACAGCCAUUUAUUACCAGCGGUGGCAGUGGGGAGGAAGGCGGGCGAUAUAAUUAGGGAGUACGUUAAGAACAAUGCAAAUCCAACUGCUUUGUUGAGUUUCGGUGGGACCGUUUUGAACGUGCGGCCGUCACCGGUGGUUGCGGCGUUCAGCUCUAGAGGUCCUAAUCUAGUGACACCGCAAAUAUUGAAGCCUGAUCUGAUUGGGCCUGGAGUCAACAUCUUAGCUGCAUGGUCAGAGGGUGUAGGACCCACUGGAUUGGAGAAGGACACCAGGAAGACUCAAUUCAACAUCAUUUCGGGAACAUCAAUGUCUUGCCCACACAUUAGCGGAGUAGCAGCAUUGCUUAAGGCUGCGCACCCAAGGUGGAGCCCAAGCGCAAUCAAGUCAGCCCUCAUGACCACCGCCUAUAUGGUUGACAACACCAAUUCUCCUCUGCGGGAUGCUGGGAGUGUCACUGGUGCACUGUCUAAUCCCUGGGCUCAUGGCUCUGGCCAUGUCGACCCACACAGAGCCCUCUCUCCGGGACUCGUCUAUGAUAUCUCAACUGACGAGUACGUAGCAUUCUUGUGCUCGCUUGGUUACUCCAUUGACCAUGUUCAAGCCAUUGGCAAGCGCCCUAACAUUACUUGUUCGAGGAAAUUUAGCGACCCAGGUCAGCUCAACUACCCAUCAUUCUCGGUGGUGUUUGCGGGCAAAAGGGUUGUGAGGUAUACCCGAGAAUUGACCAAUGUUGGGGAGGCAGGGUCUAUAUAUGAAGUGGCUGUGACUGCUCCACCUGCGGUGGCGGUGAAAGUGAAUCCCACUAAACUUGUGUUCAGAAAUGUAGGAGAUAAACUUAGAUACACAGUGACCUUCGUGGCAAAGAAGGGUGCAAACCAGGCUGCUAGAUAUGAAUUCGGUUCAAUAGAAUGGAGAAAUGUUCAACACCAAGUGAAAAGCCCAGUUUCAUUUGCUUGGACGCAGUUGUAAGCUCUUAUUUUAACUUGUUAGUUUGUUCAAAGUGGGUUUUCGCUUGUUGGGCCUUUUGCACUGACUAUGCUCAAGAAAAUGAGCUGCAAAGUGGCCUACAUCCCUGAGAGAAAACUAGAGUUUGGACAUGUUUCAAUGGUUUUUGGCGUUUUGCCUUUAGAAAUAGACACCCGAAGGUGAGGUUUACUUUUAUUGUGUGCUUCCAAAACUAAUGUAAUAGAAUGGCAUACAAUUAUCAAUGUAAUGGUCUUUAGCAUUUGCUUUUGAAAUGCAAAACAAGCCAGUGGAAUUGAAUUA